AAAUAAAUUGGGGGUAGAAAGAUAGAUGGCAUUAAGGGGGAAAAGAGUUGCAAGGGUUGAGAUCAAUGCCAUUGGGGAUGUCUUUCAUGAGCUAUGGAAGGGUAACCCACACCAAAUCCCUAAUAUUAGCCCUACCAACAUCCAAAACUGUCAAACUCAUCAUGGUGAGGUCGGAACCGUGGGUUCGAUUCUCGCUUGGAACUACUUUCAUGAUAGGAAAGAUCGUGUAUCGAAGACGUUAAUUCAUGAUAUCAAUGAGGAAGACAAGUUGAUCACGUUUCAUGUGACGGAAGGUGAUGUUCUGGAACUAUACAAGGACUUUGUCGUUCAUCUUCAUGUUGACACGAAGGGGUCACGCCACAUCGUUACUUGGACUGUUGAGUAUGAGAAAUUAAGUCCUGACAUCCCUGAUCCAGAUACUCUUAUGGAAUUUUACACGAACCUCACCAAGGAUAUAGAGGCUCAUCAUACUAAAUGAUCACUGUGCAGGAUGCUGAAACUUGGUCUUGAUUUCAUGUUUUCUAUGUUUUAUAUGUAAACGUCUUGUCAUCUGAUUAUGAUGUAAUAAUCGAAAUAGUGAUCUUGGUUUCAAUAAAUCGUCAUGUGGUCGUGUUUGAUUUGUUGUCGUUAUAGCAUGAUGAAUUGUUAA